AUGGACCUGGAGAUAAAAAGGAAGAGGAGAAAGAGGGUUGUAUCGGGUCAGCCGAAGAUUAGGUGGGACGCUUUGAACAAGGACAAUACCCAGGAGUUGGGGGAGCGGUUGAGGGCGAUGGGAGCCUGGAGGAGUAGCGGGGAUGCGAGUAGUAUAUGGACUACGACGGCUGCUAACAUCAGGGAAGUGGCAAGAGAGGUGCUAGGGGUCUCAAAGGGUUACUCUGGCAGACACAAAGGGAACUGGUGGUGGAACGGAGAGGUACAAGGUAAAGUGGAAGCUAAGAAAAUCGUGUAUCUAAAGCUAGUAGAGAGCACAGAUGAGGACGAGAAGAGGAAUAACAGGGAGCUGUAUAAGAAAGCGAGGAAGGAGGCGAAAUUUGGGGGGAAAAGGGGGGACAAGAAGUUGUACAGGCUAGCCAGAGUGAGGGAGAGGAAGGCUCGGGACCUGGAUCAAGUGAAGUGUAUCAAAGACGAUGGAGGGAAAGUUUUGGUAGAGGAUGCCCUUAUUAGACGAAGAUGGCAGUCCUACUUUCAUAAACUCCUGAACGAAGAGGGGGACCGGAACAUAGUUUUAGGUGAAUUGGAGCUCUCUGAGAGCCGCCGCGAUUUUGGAUACUGCAGGCGGGUCAAGGUUGAAGUGGUCGAGGGGGUUAUGUGGAAGAUGAGCAAGGGGAGGGUGACCGGGCCAGAUGUAAUACCGGCAGAAUUUUGGAAGAAUGUGGGUAGGGGAGGCUUGGAGUGGCUUACGCGGUUGUUGAAUGUUAUUUUUAGGACGACGGAGAUGCCUGAAGAGUGGAGAUGGAGCACCAUGAUCCCGUUGUAUAAAAACAAGGGGGAUAUUCAGAACUGCAACAACUAUAGGGGUAUCAAGCUGUUGAGCCAUACAAUGAAAGUUUGGGAGAGAGUGGUGGAAGCGAGGAUGAGGAAGUUAGUUUCUAUUUCAGAGAACCAGUUCGGAUUCAUACCGGGGCAUUCGACUACAGAAGCCAUUCACUUGGUGAGGAGGUUAGUGGAGCAGUAUAGGGAUAAGAAGACUGACUUGCACAUGGUGUUUGUCGACCUUGAGAAGGCUUACGACAAAUUCCCAAGAGAGGUGCUGUGGAGAUGUUUGGAAUCUAGAGGUGUUCCUGUAGCAUACAUUGGAGCGAUUAAGGACAUGUAUGAUGGAGCCAAAACCUGA